AUGACCACCCUUUUUCAGCGGCGAGAGCUUCAGAGAUCCAAACAGAUCAAGGAAGCCAGGACAUACAAGCAGCGAGCUGAUACCUACGAGGAACUGAAUGCCUUUGAGUUCACUAACGGCGGAGUUAUCUACAAUCAGGCGGAAUUGCCCGAAGAAGAUCCGUCGGACGAGCUAUUUACAGCCACCUAUGUCAGGGACGAGAAGAAGUCAGAGUGGGCGGCUAAAGUUCUUAAGGAGGCUAAGGAGAGAGCGGAGUUUGCAGAUGUCGCAACCCCCACCUACACGGACAUUCCGGCGCUACCCCACAAAACUGAGCUUGAGCAGAUACUCGACGACGUCAAGUAUCAAUCCAGAAUGGAUGGCUUACUAGGAGAUAGUAAUCUUCGGGGAUUUAAGAAGCCCUCGCAGAAGGAUGUAAUGGGUAUGAACGAGCAAGAGGAGAGGGAGUUCAAGGCACGGUUGGUUGAAGCAGCACGCAAGACCAUUACACUACCCAUAGAAACCCUCCCACGGCUCCCACAAACGAAACGGACACAGCCCCCACGUGUUGACCAAAGACACAGAAAGCCACCUCCUCCCUCGGGCUUUUCAACAAUCGACCCCUUCUUCAUUAUCCCCCACGAGUUGGAAGAAGAGCACAGAACAGGCUGCAUCCAGACCAAGCCUUUUCGGCUGGGCACAGACUUCAAGCCAGAACCAGGAGUCAUAAAUCAUCGGAUUGGGGUCGGAAGCGCCGUCCUACAGAAAUUCGCAAGACACGAACGAGACUACAACGCUAAGGUGCAGCACGACGCAACCGAAGAGCUCAACGCGAUGCGACAGCGAACCAGAGAAGCUUACGAAAGAGAUAGACACCAGAUCAUGACCCAGCGCAUGAACGCUCCCAAGGUGUCCCAGAUUACAGCUGGAUGCAUCGAGCCCAGAGACAUUCUACGGUUAGACAUAAGUGUGGAUAAGUUAAACAAGCAGGGGAGCCUCAUCAAGGGAUACGACACACUGUUUCGCAAGGCAGGUGGGGCUUAA